AAGUACAUGCUUCGCUUUUUUCCCGGUGAAUAGGAAAAUUAGCGGUAUUGAUGAAAUCCAUAAAUUAAUCCGGGUCAUAUCCUAACCGUGUGAUCAGAAUGCUUUUUAUUUUGUUUAGGCGGUAUAGAUCAAUUAGAACCAUUGAAGGAUUUUGGUAAUGUAUAGGCAUCGAUACAUGUUAUCACUAUUCAUCCGCCUCGUUGUUCCUUGGGGCGGUAUAGAUCAAUUAGACCUAUCAGAAUUCUUCUUCUUUUUCUGUUGGUGUAUCUCAGACAUUCAAAAACAAGACAUGUUAAUGGGAACCUCGGUCAUUUGGGAUCUGUGAAAGUUUCCACUGAGAAUAGGAUCGAUCGAGUAACAGAUGGGAUCCGGAGAUGGGGUUGUAGAAAUUGAUUUCUUGGAGAGACGACUACUGUCAGAUACGGACUCUAAUGAAGACAAUGAAGGUGAAGAUGGUACAAUUUUAUACACGGCAUCAUUCCAGGAAAUGGAGGAAAAUUAUGUGAAGUACCAAACUGCUCAAUGGGUUCUUUACUCAUUACUUCUGAUUUUGGCUUGGGGAAUUGGGUUGUUCAUGUUACUUUAUCUCCCCGUGAGGAGAUAUGUACUACGUAAGGACAUCCAGUCAAGAAAGCUGUAUGUUACCGCAAAUGCCAUAGUUUACAAGGUUACAAGACCAGUACCUUUCCCAUGUUUCGGAGUGCUGAAGAAAGAGAAGCAUGUUCUUCUGCCUUCAGUUGCUGAUAUUGUCGUUGAACAAGGAUAUUUGCAGUCCCUGUUUGGUGUUUAUUCUGUUAGAAUCGAGAACGUUGGUGUAAGAAGGCCACCAAGUGAUGAUGUUCAAAUUCAAGGCAUCACAAAUCCCAGAGCUUUCAGAAAGGCUGUCCUAACACGUCUUUCAAAUAUGAGGAGUGAAACUUUCUCUAGGCAACUUUCUGUAAAUGAAGAUCUUCCAAAUUUUGGGAUAGGUUAUUCAACUGCAGCUAGGAUACGGCAAAAUAUUGGUAUAGGUGUUACAUCAAAUCUGAUGUCCCCAUCAAAAUCUCUCAGGCAUGAGUUGUUUCCUCAAUCAGGGGAACUGAUAUUGCAAAAAUUGGAGGAGGUUGAAAGUUCUGUGAAGAGAGUUCAAACCCUAAUUGAGGAGCAACACUGUCAAACUUCUGAAGUUGAUUAAAAAUGUAGAAGGAAAACAUGCUACAAACUCAGGAGUUGAAGUGAGGGGCAUAAAGUUACAUCGUUUAUCGCUCCAGUAAGUGCAUUUUGAUGUACACAAUGAAGACCCUUAUUUAAAUGCUUAGAAAGUUAUGGUCUUUGUACUAAAAUCUUGCUCAAUUGAAAUUUUAGUCAGUCAUUGUUGUUCAUCUACACGCUUUUACAAAGCUUCUAUCAGAGAUUUAGGGUUUUCCUUGGUCAAGAUGUAUUUCAUAUUUACAUUGCCUUUUAAUAUAGGUAACUUGCCUGUGUAUCCA